UUUCUCUUCAUCUUUCCCGAUCGCCUUUCUCGAUAUUUAAUCACACUUAACCAUGUCACGUAACAUGAUGCAACCUCAAAUUAUCCUCCUUAAGGAAGGCACAGAUACCUCUCAAGGCAAGGGACAACUUCUCUCCAAUAUUAAUGCUUGCUCUGCUGUAGUUGAUACUGUCAAAACUACUUUAGGUCCAAGAGGCAUGGAUAAACUUAUGGUAGAUGGUCGUGGCCAAGUGACUAUUUCUAAUGAUGGUGCUACUAUUAUGAAACUCUUGGAUAUUGUUCAUCCUGCUGCAAAAACAUUGGUUGAUAUUGCUCGUUCUCAAGAUGCUGAAGUGGGUGAUGGCACAACUAGUGUGGUUCUUCUCGCUGGUGAACUAUUGAAGGAAGUCAAAGGUUAUAUCGAAGAAGGUGUCAGUCCUCAUGUUAUCAUCCGUGGAUACCGAAAUGCUGCAAGAUUAUCUAUUAACAAAAUCAAGGAACUUGCUGUCAAAAUUGAUAAAAAUAAUGAUGAAGAAUUCCGUGAUUUAUUAUCCAAAUGUGCUGCUACUGCUAUGUCUUCCAAAUUGAUUUAUUCUCAAAAAGAAUUCUUUACCAAGAUGGUUGUAGAUGCUGUACUUUCUUUAGAUCAAGAAAGUCUCAAUGAACGAUUGAUUGGUAUCAAGCGUGUACCUGGUGGAGCUAUGCAAGAAUCAUUGUUGGUCAAUGGUGUUGCUUUCAAGAAAACAUUCUCUUAUGCUGGUUUCGAACAACAACCCAAGUCAUUCAAGAAUCCCAAGUUAUUAUGUCUUAAUGUUGAAUUGGAAUUGAAAGCUGAAAAGGACAAUGCAGAAGUACGCGUUGAAGAAGUAUCAGAAUAUCAAGCUAUUGUGGAUGCUGAAUGGCAAAUUAUCUUCCAAAAACUUGAAGCUAUUGUUGCUAGUGGUGCAAAGGUGGUACUCUCCAAACUUCCUAUUGGUGAUUUGGCAACUCAAUACUUUGCUGAUCGAGAUAUCUUUUGUGCUGGUCGUGUGGCUAAGGAUGAUAUGGAUCGUGUUAUUCAAGCUGUAGGUGGUUCAGUACAAUCAACAUGUACUGAUUUACGUCCAGAACAUUUGGGUACUUGUGAAUCCUUUGAAGAAAAGCAAGUAGGUGGUGAACGAUUUAAUAUUUUUGAAGGUUGUACUCAAGCCAAGACAUGUACUUUGAUCCUUCGUGGUGGUGCUGAACAAUUUAUUGCUGAAGUCGAAAGAUCUUUACAUGAUGCCAUUAUGAUUGUUCGUCGUGCUAUCAAGAAUAACCUUGUAGUUGCUGGUGGUGGCGCUACAGAAAUGGAAAUUUCGAAAUAUCUUCGUGUACAUUCAAGAACUAUUGAAGGAAAACAACAAUUGAUCAUUGGAGCAUUUGCAAAGGCUUUGGAAGUCAUCCCUCGACAAUUAUGUGAUAACGCUGGUUUUGAUGCCACUGAUAUUCUCAAUAGACUUCGAAUGAAACAUGCUCAAGAGGGUGGUACCUGGUUUGGUGUGGAUGUCAAUAAUGAAACAAUCACUGAUAAUUUUGAAGCAUUUGUAUGGGAACCUGCUUUGGUCAAGACAAAUGCUAUUGCUGCUGCUGCUGAAGCUGCUUGUUUGAUCUUAUCAGUAGAUGAAACUAUCAAGAACAAAGCAAGUGAACAACCUGGUGGUGGACAAAUGCCUCGUGGUGGUGCUGGUAUGCCUGCUAGAGGUCGUGGUGGUAUGCCUAGACGUUAGAUUAUUCUCCUUUUCCUUCCUUCAUCUCAACAUUACCCUACACAUACUUUUUUUUUUAUAUAUUAUACUGUUUGCACCUCUCCUUUUUGUUUUAUGUCUUUUUUAUAUUCAUUAUUUUUCCAUAUAUCAAUAAAAUAAAAAUAAAAAAAAAGGAUUAUUCCGG